AUGACUGACCACGGACUUGCAAUGAAGGAAGAGGGCUCAAUUGGCAAUUCGCCUUCCAAGACAGGAGUAUCAACAGAACAGCCAAACAGUACAAUGACGGUUACACUUGGAGACAAGGGCGAGAGUGAUUGUGGCGAUACAAAAGAUGAGAAGAAGGAUACAAGCUUCAAGUAUUACUUGCGCGUCUUUACUUACAACGAUCGGUUGGGAUGGAUCCUCAAUGGUGUCGCAUUUGUCUGCAUGGUUGCUGCAGGCACGAUUCUGCCCCUGAUGGACCUUGUCUUUGGAAAGUUUGUCAACGUUUUUACCGAUUUCGCUACCGGAUCACUAUCACCUGCUGGAUACCGAACUGAGGUCAGCAAGUACAGUCUAUACUUUGUCUAUCUUUUUAUUGCAAAAUUUGUGUUGACAUAUAUCUGGACGAUACUUGUUUCUAUCGCAGCCAUCAACACGACAAAAUCGCUCCGCGUUGACUUUGUCAGGAGCACUCUUCGUCAAGAGGUUUCCUUCUUUGAUUCUCCCGCAUCUUCUAUUCCCGGGCAGAUCACGACCAAUGGAAACCUCAUCAACCAAGGAAUCUCUGAAAAGUUCGGCAUCACCAUUGCAGCCCUCUCGACCUUUGUUUCUGCCUUCAUCGUGGCAUUCGCAGUGCAAUGGAAGCUCACCCUCAUUGUCCUCGCCAUUAUUCCAGUGAACCUCGUUGUCACCAUCAUCUGCGUGGCUAUUGAUACCGGCUACGAGUAUGCCAUGUUUGACGUCUACUCGAGGUCUAGCUCUUUGGCCGAGGAGGCUUUCUCGACUAUUCGUACAGCCCACGCUUUCUGGGCCUUCCCAAAGCUGUCAAAACGAUUCACGAGUACACUCGAAGAAGCAAGGAGGAUUGGACACAAGAAGUCUUGGGUGUACAUGAUUCUGUUCCCCACUGAGUUCUUCUGUAUCUUUGCAGGGUAUGGCCUAGCCUUUUGGCAGGGAAUGAGGAUGUACUCCGAGGGCGAGAUCACGCAGCCGGGUACUGUCGUAACUGUCAUUUUUGCUAUUCUCGUUGCUGCUACAGCACUCACUCAGAUUGCACCCCAGACAAUAGCCAUCUCCAAGGCUACUGCUGCUGCGCAGGAGAUGUUCGAAAUGAUUGACCGCAAGUCGCAGAUAGAUCCAUUGUCUCAACAAGGCGAGACCAUUCCUGAUUUCAAGGGCAACAUCCAAUUUCGUGGGGUCAGGUUUGCCUAUCCUUCCCGUUCUAAUGUGACAAUUCUUCGCUCGCUGGACCUCAACAUUCCUGCUGAUCGGACCACGGCUCUUGUCGGUGCCAGUGGAUCCGGAAAAAGCACUGUAUUCGGACUCUUGGAACGAUGGUAUACGCCCAGCAGCGGGUCGAUAACACUCGAUGGGCACCCUGUUGAGAAUCUAAACAUACAGUGGCUGCGGACUAAUAUCAGAAUGGUUCAACAGGAACCAACUUUAUUUAGUGGUACCAUUUAUCAAAAUGUUGUUGAUGGCUUGACUGGUACACCCAUGGUAGACCUUCCAGAAGAGGAGAAACAAAAGAUGGUUAUCGAAGCCUGUAAAUCUGCCUAUGCCCACGACUUCAUCGAGACGUUGCCCAAGGGCUACGAUACUUGGAUAGGCGAAAGGGGAGCGUCGUUAUCCGGUGGACAGAAACAACGGGUGGUUAUCGCUCGCAGCAUCAUUUCUAACCCCAAGGUUUUGAUGCUGGAUGAAGCUACCAGUGCUCUCGACCCCAAUGCCGAAAAGAUCGUGCAGAAAGCUCUUAACAAUGUAGCUAAAGGCCGAACAAUGGUCGUUAUCGCGCACCGACUGUCUACAAUCCGUGAUGCCGACAAUAUCAUCGUCAUGGCCAAGGGUGAAACAAUCGAACAAGGCUCCCACAACGAACUCCUUGAACGAGGCGGCACAUACUCGCGCUUGGUCCGCUUACAGGAUCUUGGCAAGGGCAGUGCAUCGUCAAACGACGAGGACGAUGAUCCGGUGAAACACGAGGCAGGUGCUCAUCUUGAUCCUGUCUUGUCCCGCGCUUCUCAGCACGUUGUAGCGGACAUCACGCAAAGCGAUGCAAUCAAUUAUGGACUUCUGAAAGGUCUUUGGCUUGUUAUCAGAGAACAAAGACCUCUGUGGUUUUCUGGUUUCAUUCUAACCAUCAUUUCCGUAUUGGGAGGCGCCACAUAUCCGGCACUCGCUAUUCUCUUCUCAAGAACUAUGAAGGCAUUCGAGACGAUAGAUGUUAGCGAGGCCAACUUUUUUUCGUUAAUGUUCUUUGUCGUUGCCCUCGCCAACUUUGUCAUAUACGCUGUGGCUGGCUGGGUCUGCAAUGAGAUCGGCCAAUAUGUAAUGACGGUAUAUAGGGGUGAGCUCUUUGACAAUACUCUUCGGCAAGAUAUGAGCUUCUUCGACGACCCAGACCGAGGAACUGGAGCCCUCGUCUCACGGCUAGCCGCCGAGCCCACGAGUCUCCAGGAACUACUAUCCAUGAACUUGUCACUCAUCAUGAUCAACAUAGUUACAGUCCUAUCGAGUUCUAUACUUGCCAUAGCUUACGGCUAUAAGUUGGGUCUGGUCCUUACACUUGCUGCCCUGCCAGUGCUCGUCAGCUCAGGAUAUGUGAGAAUCCGACUUGAAUACAAGUUUGAUGACGAUACUGCUGGAAGAUUUGCUAAAAGUAGCGGUUUGGCUUCAGAGGCGGUACUGGGAAUACGGACCGUUUCCUCGCUGGCUUUGGAGCGAGCCGUCAUCGAGCGUUAUAACAAUGCCCUUGAAGGUCUUGCAAAAGAAGCGAUCGGAAGCUUGGGUUGGAAGAUGCUGUUCUACUCCUUCAGCCAGUCGGCAUCUUUCCUUGCCAUGGCACUCGGCUUUUGGUAUGGUGGGCGUCUUGUUUCCACUGGCGAGUAUACCACUGAUCAGUUCUAUGUGAUCUUCAUUGCUGUCGUCUUCUCGGGAGAAACUUCAGCAGCGCUAUUCCAGUACACUACGAGUAUUACAAAAGCUCGAACGGCGAUCAACUACAUAUUCGAGCUUCGACGCCAAAAGGCGCUUCACGACGAUGUAGGGAAUGGGCCUGGUGGUGAGAAGAACCCAACUGGGAAGGGCAUUGACAUCUCUUGCGAUGAGAUCACUUUCGCAUAUCCUCGCCGGCCUAAGCUACCGGUGCUUCGAGGCGUGGAUAUCAGCAUCGAACCUGGAAAGAUGGUGGCUCUCGUCGGAGCAUCUGGGUGCGGCAAGUCAACCAUGAUUGCACUACUUGAGCGGUUCUAUGAUCCAACUAGUGGCGUGAUAAAGGCAGAAAGUCAGGAUAUCAGCACGAAAGACAGGCGACUACACAGGCGAGACAUUGCUCUCGUUCAGCAAGAGCCAGUUCUGUACCAAGGUUCGAUCCGGGAUAACAUAUCCCUCGGCAUCGAAGAGGGUAACCCGUCUGACGAUGAAAUCAUUGAGGCAUGCAAACAAGCCAACGUCUAUGAGUUUAUCUCUUCUCUCCCCGAAGGUCUCGCCACGUCUUGUGGCAAUCAAGGACUCUCGCUCUCGGGUGGCCAGCGCCAACGCAUCGCUAUUGCCCGCGCUCUUAUCCGCAAACCUCGUUUGUUACUUCUCGACGAAGCCACCAGUGCCCUUGACGCAGAGAGCGAGAAGGUAGUCAAGGAGGCGCUGGACCGAGCAGCCGAGGGAAGGACGACAGUCGCUGUCGCACAUCGGCUAAGCACGAUCCGGGAGGCAGAUACCAUCUGCGUCUUUUCUGGCGGGAAAAUUGUCGAAAGAGGAAGACACGAAGAUCUUGUUGCGAAGAGAGGAUUGUAUUAUGAGAUGGUGUUGGGCCAAUCUCUAGACAGGGAGGCGUGA